AGGAAGAAGAUAAACAAAACAAAUGCAAGAGGAAGGCAGCGUGGACUCCAUUGAAAUGGCUUUAUUAUUGCUCAGAUAGGAUUAAACACGAAGCGAAACACGACACCAAACUUUCACAUGGGGUUUCUAACGACACCAGGUAUCAGAAGAGAAGGCGGCGAGACUUACACGAGUCACUGAGUUUUCCACAAUAAAGAAGACUUUGUUGCUUAACCCAUCCUGUUUUCUACUGGAGGUUGAUAUCAUCCAAAGACAACUGGGACACGAGGUGGAAGAAUAAUUCACAAUAAGGAACAGAGAUCGGUGCUCGGCGAUGCCUCAGCCCAGCAUCAGUGGAAUGGAUCCUCCCUUUGGGGAUUUCUUUCAAACUUGUACUUUUGCUGACCAGGCACUAACCAGCACAGACCUGUUGGCGAGUAACACAGACCCAGACUUCAUGUACGAACUGGAUAGAGAUAUGACCAAUUGCCAAAGCCCUAAAGGUGAUCACUUCACAGUGGGGGACUACAAGGAGAUGGAGUGUGGGGAGUACCUCUUGGAGCUGGUGGACAGUGACCCGGACUACAGCUCUAACUUUGAGCAGUGGGAUACGUACUGGGAGGACAUGACCAAGUACACCCGCUUUACCAGCUGUGACAUCUGGGGCACCAAGGAGGCAGGCCUGGAUGACUUCUCCAGCCCCUACCAGGACGAGGAGGUGAUUGGCCAGACCCCCACCCUGGCCCAGCUCAACAGCGAGGACUCGCAACCACCUGUGUGUGACACGCUUUACCACCCUGAUCUGCUGAUGGGGGGCCAGAAGCAGCACACCUCCCUCCCCCCAUUCUCCCUGGGCAAGAAGAUGGCCGCCCGCCCGGGCCCCUCGUUCUCCGCCUCCUGCUCCAACCUGGUCAGGGACCCCCUGGGUGACUUUGCAGAGGGUUCCCUGAGCGCCACUUGGCCUGUCCCCUCCACCACAGAGACUAUGUCCAAGGCCCAGGGUCCCAGCAAGAUGGCUGCUCUGGGCCACCACUGCAACGACUAUGUGCGCAAGGCCACGGUUCGCGUCAGCAUGCCUCGCCGGCCCCUAGUCGACAUGCCCAUGGCCUCCCAUCAGAUUGAGUCUGAAGACCACUCCCCGUACCCCAGCAAGCCCCCUGAGGUGGCCACCACGUCUGGCUGUGCUGCCCCUGUGGCUGCUCCUGCUACUGCAGCCUCUGCCAGCAUCCUGGCCUAUGAGAAGAGAGAAGAGCUGCCUUGCCGGGUGAUGCCCCCCGCCUCAGUGGGCACAUCUGGAGCUGUGCCCCCCAUCCUCCACUACCCUGUGGCUGGGGCCAAGGCCAGCGAGACUCUGCUGACUGCCAGUGGGAGUGGCCUGGGACAUGACCCAGUCUCUGACAAAAAGAAGGAAGAGGAGCACAACUACUCCCUGUUCCUAACCCGAGCCAGGCUGGCUGGGAAAACCCUCACUGAGAUGGAUGAGGAGGAGGAGGAGGAAGAAGAAGAGGUGGGGGAGAUGGAGGAUGAGGAAGAUGCUGAGGGCGUGGAGCUGGAUGAAGAUCAUGAUGAGGGUUUCGGCAGUGAGCAUGAGCUCUCUGAGAACGAUGAUGAUGAUGAGGAUGAUGAUGAUGAGGAGGAUGAUGAUUAUGAGGGCGAUAAAGAUGACGACAUGAGUGACACCUUCUCCGAGCCAGGUAGCCAUGUAUCAGGAUGUGACAAUGACACGGUGGGGGACGUGAAGGGUCUGACAGCAGGGAUCUCCAGGAAGAGGGGCAAACGCCGCUACUUCUGGGAGUACAGCGAGCAGCUCACCCCCUCUAAGCAGGAGCGCAUGCUCAAGCCCUCCGAGUGGGACAGACAGACCCUGCCCAGCAACCUCUACCAGAGGAACGGCCCACACCACGGGAAGUACAAUCUGAAGAAGUCUCGACGGACGGACGUGGAGGACCUAACCCCUAACCCUCGGAAGCUGCUGCAGAUCGGUAACGAGUUGCGUAAGCUCAACAAGGUGAUCAGUGACCUGACCCCGGUCAGCGAGCUGCCCAUCACAGCCCGCCCUCGCUCCCGCAAGGAGAAGAACAAACUGGCCUCCAGGGCCUGUCGGCUGAAGAAGAAGGCUCAGUAUGAGGCCAAUAAAGUCAAGCUGUGGGGUCUGGGCACAGAAUAUGAUCGGCUUCUGUUUGUCAUCAACACCAUAAAGGAAGAGAUGGUGAACAGAGUGCAGGAUAUCUGCGACAAGGAAACAAGCAUGACUGAAACGUUGGACAAACUCAUCGAAGAAACCCUUGUGAAGUCCCCAGUUGCCGGGGAGACUUCAGACUUUGUGAACCAGAUCCUGGAGAACACUGGCAAGGGGGAUCCCACCGGAGGUCUGGUCGGGCUGCGCGUACCCACAUCUAGAGUGUAGACAGGCCCUGUAGAGAGGCCUAGUGAUGGCACACUCCAAGCCAUCCCACACCAUUCUUGUCCCACACUGUAACGGCACACCCUCUGCAUGUCCAUUCCAUCCGGAAACGCAUUCCCAAUGCUGAGUGGGAAGACAUACAUAUACCAUAGCUUCACAUGUAUGUAUUCACACAAUGCGCAUGUACAGAAAUGAAACUAGUAGCUAUCUCUGCACUUAGUAGUCUGUUACUUGCCAUUUGUUGCUAGUGACCUUCACGAGCCACAGCGCUGCGAAUUCAAAGCCAAUAUAUGAAACGAUAACUCCUGAAGUGUUUUAUGUUGAGAAGUGAAGCAAAACAGAAUGAUCAUCAGUUCUUGCUGUAGCCAUUUCCUGUAGCGUUCAAACGACCCGUUUCAUGUCUGCGUACCAGAGUGGGAACGCCAACACAGGAUGCAGUUCUAUUUAGAGUGAGCCGACAGGAGAUAUUCAAUAUAAAUAUUCUCCUGUCAAUCCCAUGUCCUUUUAAUCAGCUGCCUUGUUAUUAUGCCACCUUACUGAACUGUGUUCCCAGUGAAGAACAGCCACUGUGUAUUCCAUAGUGUAUACUGUUAGGAACACCUAAUACCUAUUGAUGCCAGUUGUCUGUUUUCCCAUUCUUGUACCACGGUAUUUACAUAGGAGGAGAAAAUGUAACCCUAUACAUGUCAACCUGCAAACCACAUCAUAAGGCAACAAAAACACAGAAGCACCUGAAAUACUACUAAAAUUAAGAAAAUAAAUAGUAUAUUUUGAGGGAAUGAUACUUUAAAAAAAAAUGUUAAUGUUUGGGGGUUACACAUUUAGGACAUGAAUGCAGUGAGGAAGGUUGGUUUGCGAUUUAGCCUGAUUGUUUCUGUUCCUGUGUUUCUGCAGUUGAGAAGAUAUUUCAAAUGGACUUGAGCAGAAGGCUAAGAUCCUAAGUCGUCUCGACUAUAAGCUAGAUGAUGUGAUUACAACAAUCAAUUUUCUCUUUCUAUAUACACUUUGUUUGAAGUGUCUUCAAAUGAAAAUGCCAUUGGCUUCUUGCGAAGUAGGGAUGAGAGCGCUAAAAGUUCGGAAUUCCUUAGUUUGGGGUGUUCGUAUUUGUAUUUGAUCAGAGUACUAUUCAUUGUGCCUUGUAUUUAAAGUGAGAUGAUUACAAAAACUCCCAGAGGUAGAAGGGUAGUGGACCAUUUUACAAUGAGGGAGAGCAGAACAUGGUGCAGGGAAUGUCACGGUGUGGGUUUGUAAUGUAUUUCUGCUCUUUAAAAAUAUUCUGAAUGUACAUAUGAACAUGGAACAUGUAGAUAUAUGCCACAGAGUCUGUGCAUUGUAUUAUAAGAUGGCUCUGACAAACAUUUACUUUGGUUAUUGGUACUUGGACUUUGGGAAUGGGAGGGUUUAAAAAAAAAAAAUAUUCGUAUAGAAUUUCAAAAUAUUUGCACACUAUAUUUUGAUUUUUAUUUUUUUUGUACCAAAGACGCAUGCAACAAAAACGGUGACUAGCCAGAUAAAGUAAGGUUUUGCACAGCUUACCUGACACCGUAUUGAAUGUAGGAAAUGUGGUAGGGUCAGGGAUUUUCAUUGAACUGUGAAAUUCGCUUGGGUCCAAUUAUGUCCUGAAAGAAGCAUUCAUUAACAUUUUCUAAAAGGCUUUGCUCUGUCAGUUGGCUUCUCAAGUAGAUUACUUGGAAACAUUUUGAUUGAUUCCUGAAGUUACUACUCCCACUUCUUUUUAUUGUGCUUUGGCACAAAGUAGAAAAGGGAUGGAGCGCAAUGUGGAUGUGUUUUUUAUUUUAAUUUCCCUGUCAAAACGUCAAUCACAAAUAACCAAAAGGUAUAUAACUUGUAUCAUUUAUGUAGGUGAGAUGGAUACACAUACAUCAUUGACAUGACGUGAUUUAUGUUGUGUAUUUAUAGUACUGUCCAUUCAUGCAUACAGUACAUGUAUCUAUUAUGAAUUGCCACUUUUUCAAAUUGAUACGUUUUAAUAAGCAUGACACAUUUCUAAGGUCUAUCCUCACAUUCCGAGAAACUUUGGAGAGGGGGUGACAAAGAAAGAAAAUAUUUUUGUAAUAUUUGCCUCGACCUUUUUCUGUUGGUGUGCAGGUAUUUCAUUUGAGAGAGAUACAUUUCUGGAGUGUGACUCUGCAUAAGAUAAGGAAGGGUUCCUCUGUUUUUUGUGAAGACGGUAUAGUUUUUUAGGCGUACUGAAAGUAAGUGGUUGAAUAUCAUGGAUAUCGUUAUGGUUUCUUUGUGCCCUCAGCCUCAGUUCUUGACACAGCUGCUUCGUUGCACUGUCAUGGGGAAGAUUGGUAGAAAAUGUAUGGAUGAUUCUCAAUUGUGUACUUGCAAUUGUAGUCUUAACCUGUUACGAUCUCAGCCCAGACGAAAUGAGACGCGCAGCUUUUUAGAGAGAAUGCUUUUAGCUCAAGCAUCUCUCUUUGCUGCUGCAACUUGUCGAUCUUCUCAAUUUGAAGGACUAGGUUUUCUAAUUCCAAGAGAAUGUGGUGGUUUAAGGCUAAAUUUGAUCAAAUUGGCACAGCUGCAAACCCUCCCUGCGGAACAGUACCAUUGUCCCUAUGCUGAAAAAAAAGGCAUGUUUUAAUUGCAAAUGUUUUAUUUUAUCCAGUGAGCAUCUUAUUUGAGUUCUGACAUUAUCUGAACAUGCCUUUCGUUUGCUGUAGAGGGACAAUGUUAUUGUUCUGCAAAGCAGGUCUCCCACACUGCACGCCAUAGACUGAUUAACUCAUGAUUUUAAUUAAAAGGGGAGAAAAUGUACUUUCUCUGAAACUAGAAUGAUACUUUAUGUUUAUAAUAAAAUAUCUUAUUCUACUUUGUUAGUGUAGUCAAGAUUCUCUAUAUACCAUCCAUGGUUUGUUUUUGUAGUGUUUCAUUUUGUAAAUAGAUUAAGCUGAAAUGUAUCUUCUAAAUAUUAUAUUUGUAUAGUAUAUUAUAUAUUACAUGUAUGGAAAAAGAAAGCACUUUGUUAAAAGAAAAAAAGGAAAAUACAAAAAGUUAAAAAAAUUCCUUCCAUUUGCUGCUAAACCGACCUUGUUUGAAUGCUGCAGUGUGUGCUUGACUUCUGUAACCUGAUCAGGACAGUGUGUUGGGGAGGUCUUAAGAGGGCAAUCAACAUUUUGGUUAUAAGGCCCCUAUGUUUUGAAUGACUCUGAGUCUAACGUCAUGAAUUAAUUUGCCUUCAGUAGAGAUUUCCUAUGGAAAAACAAAUUCUGCUUUGGGUUUUUCUUCAGGUUGAUGUACAGUGUAGACGCAUUUCUUCUGGGCAUUUGCCAGAGUUAUAUUGUUAUAAUUUUUUUAGUAAUUUGUACUUGUAACUUAAUGGAGAGGGGGAGACUGAGGUACUCACAAAGGCCCAUGUCCUUUUGUGAGUGCCUCAGAAGGAAAACUAUCAAUGUACUGUAUGGCAAGUAAUUUGUGGUGGAAAUGUAAUCCGGAUACUUUUUGCCUUUUCAAACACCCAUCCAUUCACGUAAGAUGGCCAAUAGUUGGUUCAAUUGCACGGCAGUGUUGCUGUGGAAACCAAUAUCGGCCAAUAUUGUACAGUCUACAACCAAGAACUCCAACCUGGUGAUAUGCUCAAAUCAACAAUGGCCUCUCCAUUGGGAUCAUUGAUGGCAAGUGAGGUUGAGCUAGGGGAAUUGAUGUUAUAUAAGAUGCUAGUAAAACAUCUUAUCUAGAAAGAGUGCUGUGAGUAGCUGAUUCUAGCAUCAGGGGUGUUUCCACACAGGUUUUCACAUUUAACAUGAUGGGCGCAAGCUGUGCAACUUUACAUUCUAGCCAGGAGACUCUGUGGCAUUUUAACAGUCAAGGAAGUGGUUGUCAUUCAAAGCCAGUAAAUAUUCCUUCUGCUCUAUUGACAUCAAACAUAUAUAAACAGAUAUUAAGCUAAUAGAUAGUGUAAUUAUGUGCUACUCUCGUCUGAUAAUUGAAUCCAUUAUGGUCUUUUCUGCUGCGAAUCAGGGUAACAACCAUUCUAUCAGAAAUAUAUGUUACGAAAUAUUAAAUCAAAGGAAAAUAUAUUUAUGUAAUCCAAAUUGUUGCGAUUUAUUUCUGCAGUUCAAUAAUAUUGUGUGCGUUUAAUGGAGAGUCAAUGUAAAACAAAAUGGUGCGAUGGAUAAGAAUAGUCAACGGCCAAUGGACUUGUAAGUAGAAAUAUUUUUCCUAGAUUUGCUUUUCUUUAUACUCUUAACAUGUGUAAACAUACAAAAAUGUAUUUUUCAAAAGGGAAAUAAUUUUGCUUUAUAGUUUUGAUCCAACCUGGGUUUUACCAUGCUGCUGGUCAUCUAUGGUUGGUAAUUCCUAAAUGUUUAAUGUAUGAAAAAUAUUAUCGUUUAUGAUACAUUGCAUAGACCUUUUUAUUUGCUAACAAAUGAUCACAUUUGAGUCAACCUUAUGCUAUAGUCUUAGACCUUCUGCUAAGUCUAUAGAUGUCUAAUGGCAGCGUUACCCAACAGUUAGAUCACAAUGCGAAAGUGACCAUACUCGAUUUGUUCCAAAUGGCUACAGUAGACUAGAGAGGAGGCGGCAAGCGUGUCUUGUCCCCUUUUUUUUUCUCCUUUUUUUUGUUGUUCAAUUCCUGAUAUGAUUUUGGCUUGCUUUCUGUAUGUAGUGGUUUGUAGUGUGUGAUGACAAUGUUCUUAAAAUGGUGCACUAUGCAGGUCUUACUCGUAAGACGGUGUUUCUUUAGUUUUCAGCUGUCUCGUGUCUGAGCAGAGCAUUUUAUUUGACGUUCUACAAAGACAUUUACUCUGUCUCCAUAACCCUAUGGAGUUGUUCCUAGUGGUGAAAGGCAGGUGGGGGGGGUUGAGUGGAGUUAUUCCCUCUGAAAUGGAGGAGCCAGGCGUGUGUAACGGAGAAAGGUCCCGUCUCGUCGAACACUGCUAAAUUGACAUGUUCUUCUUUCCAUCUUAUCUAACCAGUGGAAUGCUUUUGUGUUUUUGUUUUAACCUGUCAUUUUAAAGGACCCUGUAAAAAUGCAUUCUGCCAUUACAUAUACCUUUUCCCCCUACACCCACAGUGUCUAUAGAAAUUCAACACUUUUUUUUAUAGCAAAUUGUCGUGGGCUGUAUUUGAAUUUUUCUUCAAUGCUUAAGCAUUGCAGAACCAUUUUGAAAAGCCUCAUUUCAUGUCAUAACUUGCUCAACUUCCCCUAUUGCUUGUAGAAAUCCUCAUACUCCAAGGUUCUAUGCUUUAUAUGUAGUAUAACCAUUUUUGUGUAAUAUAUUGUUUGAUAAAUACAUGCAGUGAAUAUUUCAUAGGGAAUGAGCAUCAUGCAUGAAAAUCUCACUCAUCUAAUGUAUUUGUUUAUUGGUAAAACAUUUACUAAUUUACUAGCAAUGGGUGCAUCUUCACCCCGAGUUUAAGGAUUUUGUAUGUCUCAAGGACUUUAUUGACUUUAUUUUUUUCAACAUAAAAGAAUGAGCGCAAAGAGAUUUUUGUUUUGGAUGUUGAUCAAUAUAUUCAGACCAAACUAUUUUCCGUUGCUUUCCGUUGUUAUGACAACAAAUAGUACAAACAGAAGCAUACCCACAUUGCACUUGGUUUUACAAAAUGUCAAACAUUAUUUUUAAUACAAUGCCUGCUAAACCAGGUGCCUUACAAAAAAAUAAAAUAAUCCAAACUUGAUCUACACCCUUCAAAGUCUUGGAAGUUUUGUUUGGAUACAAGAUUUACUAUCUUUCUGCCCACGAUGCUAAGAAUUCUGACAUUUACUCUGUCUGGUGUUUUCACAGUGUAGAGUGGUGAUCUCAUGUACUUAGGAAAAUUGUUGCUGCUUUGCCUCAGACAGUUUUCUUAUAAGUUGAAUGUAGUCUUCCUUCGAGGGAUUCGAUUCAAUAUACGGAUGUGUUCAUACUCCAAAAUAUCCCAGUGUAACACUGGGUGAGAGAGACUAUCCAAAGAGUGCUGCAAUCAUGAGUCCAAGGAACUUUGUCGUCCUUAAUUCUGUGAACCUUUUUAUUAUUUCUUUGGUAUUUAUGCUUUAAAUCUGUAAGUUGUUGCACAUGUUUGAAUUUGUAGAUACAUUUUUUUUGGUGCCUUUUGUACUUUCCGACUUGCCAUACCAUUUAUUUUAUUAUAUUUACUUUUAACCUAAAGAAAUUACUUUACCUACAGAAAUUAUUUUAGAUAUUCAUGAUACAGCAGCGAGCUAUACAUUCUUGCUGAAAUACAUUUAGCAGACCCAGAGCGUCCACCAACAAUUUAUUUUUUUAUAUAGAACCGGUAGAUCUGCUUUGCAAAGACUAUGUCCAACCUUUUCUAACCUAUUGUGUCCCCUCCACAAAUUAUCAAGAUAAUUGUGCCUCUUUGUUCAUCAUUUUCUACUGUGCCACAAACGGCUGGGUUGCACUUUACCUGGAGCAGUGGCGCAUACAAGCAGGUGGCCUUUAGCAGCCGUUCUUCAAUGAACAAAUACGGUUUGAAAUAACUCUUAAUGACACACCGAGGUUUGCAUUGUUCAACUUUAGAUCUAUAUUAACCAUGGAGCUCCAGGAAACUGCAUAAAUAUUUUUCACUAGAGACCAAGGUAGGCAAGGUUUUAAACAUGGCAACCCCUGUAUAACACUUAAAGCGAUGAUAAUCUUGAAGUGGUGGGCCUCUGCACAUAAUCAGUUUCCUUGAUUUCUCCAAAGUGGUGCCAC